AUCUUCAGAAUCAGGGCCAGAAUCUCCCCCUAAUGCUAUGUCUCCUGCUGACAACAGGGAUCCUCAAGUGUAUUAUGAUCUCUCUGGAAUGCUGGAAAAACCUCGAUGUGCAAAUGUGAAUUUAUUCAAUGAGACAACUAGUCUGUUUUCAUCAACUGAGACUGCACGUAGAUGUAGCAAUGCAUCAUAUGAUACCCCUAGCACAGGAUAUACUCCAGUAUCCAGUGUGGAAGGCAACCAGUCAUCGCUCCUAUCUCCACCACUGUUUGAAAGCAGCAGCGAAAACCAAAAUCAACCUGAAGGUGAUUUAUCAACAGCGAUAAAAAGUAUCUCUGAUUUGGAUCCUUCUUUCAAACAAGAUGAUGUGUGUGAGAAAUCUAGUAUGGAGACUGUGCCCUCAACCCCAGGCAGUAGCAGACAACAUAUUGCCAUGUCCCCAACCUUUGGACUUUAUAAUGAUGAACUACAAAUGGCAACUGAUGCAAUCGCAGCUGAGGAGAUGGAUGAAAUAUUAGGAUCACCAUCAUAUGGUGUACAGGUCUCUAAUGAUGCAAUUGCUGCUGAGAAUGAAAUGCUAACUUCCCCUGACUGUGCUAUUGACAAUAUACUAACAUCUCCAGGCUUUCCCAACCCUGAC